CAUUGCACGUUCAGAAUUGCAGAUGCCACAGAAACCGUCUUAUGAUUUGAACGACAGAAUUCUUUGCAACUAUAAGGGUAUUUAUUACGAAGGAAAAAUCAUAAGCGUCGCUGUCCAAGAUGGGGAACGGAUUUUCACAGUACAUUAUCAGGGUUGGCACAAAAGACAUGAUGUUGCCAUUAGAGAAAGCAUGACUGAUCAGUUGUUCCUCCCUUAUACAGAUGAGAAUGUCGCGAGAGCCAAGGCUGAACUAGAGAGCGCGAAAAUUGAAAAGAAACGGAAAUCUUCCAAAGCGAACGCUGAUAUAGUAUCAAGUGAAAGUGUUGCUUCCACCAGUCCUGUUGUGGCUCCUCGCCGUGUAGUCAGGGCUCCCAAACUUACCGUUUCGAGUUUAUCAGAAGAAGCCAAAUCUGUGGAAUUUCACUACGCAAAUCUGCCAAAAUCACUUCGUGAGAUACUCAAGAAAGAUCAGGAUGCUGUUUUGCAGCGACGCCUUUUGGCCAAACUACCUGCUGUAUAUCCUAUCGAUGUAAUCCUCCACGAGUUUCUCUCUACUUUCGACAUGGAACUUGAAUGGGCUGGAGACAAGCUAACAGUGUCCCAUGGGGACGAAAUCAGCUCUAGUCGUGUGACUGCACUCAUACGAUCCUGCCAAAUGAUUACUGAUUACUUCAACAUGAUUCUCGGAAAUUUGCUUCUGUACCAGCCUGAGAGAGACCAAUACCAGUCUGAGCUUUUACGUCUCCGGCUUACAAAUCUCAAUGGAGAUGACGGAUCGCGCAGGCGCCCUUAUUUUGGUUCAACAUUGUUACCAGAUGAUAGUGUUCCUGUCAGGCUUACUUCUGUUUAUGGAUUACCGCAUCUUUUGAGAUUAUUUGAUUGCUUUGCCGCGAAAUUGGCAAAUUUACCCGCGGAUUCUGGGAAUAUCUUGGCUCUGAAAGUGAUGUCAUCUGAUUUCGUCUCAUUUCUCGAAGAGAACCGAGAGAAGUAUUUCAGCGUUCGAAGAGACUAUGAAGCACAGGAAUAAUAUCAGAAUAUAUUGACUACCUCCUCAGUUUCUAUAUCCUUCGGUAUUGGUGCAUGACUUGGAGCUGUGUCCGGUGAGCGUUAUUUUGUUCAGUAACAACUUCAUCUCUAUGUUUUCGUUGUUAUUACUACGUAGGUUGUUCUUUACAUGUACAUUGAUCUCAAAUA